AUGCCCCGGAAAGUCCUGGAAAAUGACCUCGAGAAUGAUUGGAUUAGUCUGCAGCAGAACAGGAAUGUGGACGGGGUUGGGAAGGAGAACGGGAAUGUGGACGGGGUUGGGAAGGAGAACGGGAAUGUGGACGGGGUUGGGAAGGAGAACGGGAAUGUGGACGGGGUUAGGAAGGAGAACGGGAAUGUGGACGGGGUUGGGAAGGAGAACGGGAAUGUGGACGGGGUUAGGAAGGAGAACGGGAAUGUGGACGGGGUUGGGAAGGAGAACGGGAAUGUGGACGGGGUUAGGAAGGAGAACGGGAAUGUGGACGGGGUUAGGAAGGAGAACAGGAAGGAGAACGGGAAUGUGGACGGGGUUGGGAAGGAGAACGGGAAUGUGGACGGGGUUGGGAAGGAGAACGGGAAUGUGGACGGGGUUGGGAAGGAGAACGGGAAUGUGGACGGGGUUAGGAAGGAGAACGGGAAUGUGGACGGGGUUAGGAAGGAGAACAGGAAGGAGAACGGGAAUGUGGACGGGGUUGGGAAGGAGAACGGGAAUGUGGACGGGGUUAGGAAGGAGAACGGGAAUGUGGACGGGGUUAGGAAGGAGAACGGGAAUGUGGACGGGGUUAGGAAGGAGAACAGGAAGGAGAACGGGAAUGUGGACGGGGUUGGGAAGGAGCUGAGUGUAGAGUACGACUGCAUCAUGGGACACUAUAUUUUAUACUUGUUCAGUGUCAUUAUCAAAACAAAAAUGUAUUGUGUUUUCCGAGACUCGCAAUUUCUCUCUUGA